AUGCAUCGCAUGGAUGGGGCCAAGCCUGUUCUCACACCAUUAUGUUCAUCUGAGACCUUGAAACUUGAUGAUGGUACACCGAGAGUGGAUCCCACAGCUUAUCGCAAGCUAGUUGGAUCUCUUCAAUACCUUGCAUUCACAAGACCAGAUAUUUCAUUCGCCGUUAACAAACUGUCCCAGUUCAUGCACGAUCCAUCUCAAACACAUUGGCAAGCUCUCAAACGCUUGCUACGCUAUCUUAAAGGGAAUUUGUAUCACGAUUUAUUUUUGAACAGAAAAUCGCCUUUGGAACUUACAGUCUUCUUGGAUUCAGAUUGGGGAGGGGUAUCCACGGCAGGAAGGUCCACAACGGCAUACAUUUUGUACCUCGGUUCGAACAUCAUUGCGUGGAAAUCUGCUAGACAAAAAUCGGUCUCACGUUCCUCCACAGAAGCCGAGUACAAAGCACUCGCUAACGCUGCCGCUGAAUUAGCAUGGGUGGAAAAUCUGCUCAAGAAACUUGAUUUAACACUCCCAGUUGCACCACGACUUUUAUUGUGA